UUUUGAGAUUUUUCCGGGGGGUUGCUUAUUUUUUUCCGCUUUUUUAGGUCUUUGUUGUUGGUCUUUUGCUGCUAGAUUAGUUGAAACUCACCCGAUAAUGGGAGAUCACAAGAAAUCGAAAAAGUGCCCGGAAACAGCAGAAACUGUGCUUUGGAGAAGCCUGUCGCAGGAUCGCAAGUUUGAUGACGAUAUCGAGGUGGCGCAGUUAGAUUUAAUGGAUGACUUGGACGAAGAAUUCUUCAAUACGUCCUAUGAACUGGUGCAACGUCUUGUGCCGCUCAACGCCUUCGUGGCGGGCAAGAUUAAACGCUACGUGGAUAUUCUGUCCAGGAUGCACCGGCGUUUCACCAAAGCAGUGACAGUGGCCAAUGCAAUGCAUACCAAAAUACAAAUGGCAGAUACAAAGCUGAAACUGGCCAUAAGAACGACUGCCAUGUCAACGGAUAUGAUGGCGAAGCUGCGAGAAUCCGUGACAGAGGCCUGGUGUGCAGCGGAUGCAGUCCACUUGCGGGAGACCCUAAGGCUGGAUAAUCAGAUUUGCACGAAGCCAAUCCAUUUACAUAAAGGUGAACAUCCCAAGGAGCUGCGCAUCCGUGGCAUUGUCUUUCGGGAACGUGAUCGCCUGGCUGUUGAGUUAAAGGACUAUGAGAAGCGGCUGGAACAGAAUCGUGUAUACUCUGUGUCCUUGGAGGAUAUGAAUGAAUUACAGCGCGAGACGAUUCAAAAACAACAGCAACGCGUUAACAAGAUCGCAGAGGAAAUGUAUGCAAUGGAUCGCAAGAAUCGUAUCACUGUCGCAUCCUUAGAGGACAAGAUAGACUAUCUGAUGAAAGAUUUGGAGAGCCUCCAUGCGGUCAAGCAUGAGCUGAGCAAGUCUGAGCAAAACUUGGCAAAGGGCUUGGCCAUGAACGAGCAGAUGAAGCGUCUAAUCGACCGUCUCUCGCAGGAGAAGUACACCUUGGUGAAAAACCUUCAAUCCCUGCAGGACGACAAGCGUCGCUGCAAAAAGUUGGCCAAAGAUUUGGAAACUGAGAAUCGAGAGCUAGUCAGCGAAAAGGUUGAGUUAGGCCGAUUAAAUCGAGCCAACGUCAACGAAAUAAAAAAGAAUGCCGAUUUGCAAGCGAUGCUCGAACGCCGACUCCGACAAUUAUCCAAGAGGAACAACGAGUACGCUGAGCAAAAACUGAUCCAAGACAAUGAACUGAUGGAUCUUAACAAGAAAUUGUUGAUCACCACAGCGACACUGGACGAGGCGUUGCACCAGAAAGAGGAAGGGGAACGCGGUCGGGAGAGGAUGCGUUGCGAGUUAGCUAACUUGAACGAUGAUUUGGCCGGCUUGCGUCACGAUCUCUUCGUGCAACGCAGUCGUACGCACGAUGUGCAAUUGAAUUUGAAGCGAUGCCACAACUCGUUGGACAAGAAGGACCAACAGAUCCAGAAGGUCAAUCGGGAGAAACAAGAGCUGCAAGCGGAAAUCACUGCGCUGCUAAAGUCAAUUGAAUCCCUGGAAACGCUGGUGGCCAAGAGAACAGAGAAACUGACAUAUGUAUCUGAGCAGAUGGAGCAGAAGCAUCGAAGCUAUCACAAUGCAUUAAUGCAAAUGGAAAACCUGCAAAGUGAGAAGAAGGUGCUGGAGAAGAGCUUCGAGAUGUGCGCCAGGGAUCGGCAGAGUUUGCAGAAUCUGAACGUUAAGCUGGGCUUUCAGAACAACCAAUUGUGCAAUCAGUUGGCCACCAAUGAGAAGGAGAUCAACGGACUCAAGAAUCACAUCGAUCAGAUGGACAGCACUGUGAAGCACAAACAGAACGAGAUUCAUGGCCUGGAUCGGCAACUGCAGCGAAUGCGCACCGAACUCAACGAGCUGAAGAUCAGGAAUGAUCAGCUGCAGCACACCACCGAGGCGGAUGAGAAGCGCUUCAAGCAGAUCACCAUUUGCCUGGACGAGGUGCGAAAGGAGAAGACACUAGUCGGCCAUCAAAUGGUCCGACGCAACUCCGAGCUGCGUAUGCAGCGCGAGAAGCUCGCCAUGAUGAAACUGGCCCUUGAGCAUGGCAACAUACAGUACAAUCAGCGCAUCGAAGACAUCCGUCUCCUCAAGACGGAGAUCCGAAAUCUGCGCAUGUCCAAUGAUUGCAUGCAGCGAGCCGUUAGCGGCACGGCCAAUUUGCGCCACGAAGUAGUGCGGCUCGAGCGUCAGCUCAUCCGUGAACGAUUGCACGUGACAGCGUUCACGGAGGAGAUGAAGCAUCCGUAUCGCAUUCAUCGCUGGCGUGUUCUUAUCGGCAAGGAUCCAUCCAAAUAUCAGCUUAUCCGUAAAAUGCAGGGGCUGCUCAAGCGCAACAUUCGCCUCGCCGUGUUGCGUGGCAAUCUGGCGCAGCAGUUGGAGGAUUUGCAACGAUUGUACGAUACACUCAAGAAGCAGCUGCAGCGCAUGCCCAAUCCCCAGGUCGUGGAACGCCUCUGGUUCCAGCAACGUAUCAAUCAGCGCCAGAGUCGCAAAGUGCGCGCCAUGAAAGCAGAACUGGCAAUCAAUGAGAUCGAUCUAAAGUCACGAGAGAUCAUCAUCGACCAGUAUCAGCAGGUCCUCAGGAAGGAGCAUCAGCUGCAGCAACCAUCUCACAAGGAUGCCAGCCGACCACUCGGAAGCGUAAUAUCAGCGCCCAAGCAACAAGUCGAACAGUUCGCCAAAUCAAUCUUCGAGAUAAGCACAAUAGAUUCAAAAAGUUCGAGUUUAAUGACUAUCUAAAGCAAUGAGCUGAUGACCUUGAAGCCAGCUCCCAAUGUUCGUGGUAGCUGCGCCGGAGCCGAGUAGCAAUGUGCCUGCAUCUGCUCCAGCAUCUGACGCUCCUCGAGCAGCUUCUGCUUGCGCCUCUUCUCCUCCAGCAGCUGUGUCUUCGUCUGCGCCAGAUUGCCGCGCAACUCCUCCAGCUGCCUCGCAUUCGACUUCUCGCCAAACUCGUGCGCACUCAGCUCGGCCAGGAGCACCUUCAGUUUGCGAUCCUUGGCGGAUAGGCUGGCCUGCAAGCAAACCAAUUACAAACUAUAUUAUUUAUUACAAACCGAUUAUAUUUUAAAUAAGAGUUGGGGAUUAGAGGAAUUAUAAAUGCUAAUUAUAUGGCACUGUCAGGUCGUAA